AUGAAGACUACACUCGCCAGCCUGGCAUUCCUUGCCACAAUCGUCAACACUCAGGCGUUGGAUCUUGUAGCGCUGCUCGCCGGUGGCGCCGCUCCCGAUUCAGACCCAAGAUGGCUCGACUGGAAGCCUGCUGGAUAUGGUGAUUCUCGAUCUCCCUGCCCGGGCCUCAACUCCCUCGCAAACCACGGCUUUUUGAACCACAAUGGAAAGGACAUCACCAUUCCCCAGCUCGUCAAAGGUGGACGUGAGGGUAUGAAUAUGGGAGCCGACUUCAUGUCCAUCAUUGGAGCUGUUGGUCUGCAGUCAUCGCCGUUCCCAAGCAGUGGAAAGUUCGAUUUGAGUGAUCUUGAUCAGCACAACUUCCCUAUCGAGCACGACGGUUCGUUGUCUCGCCAAGAUGCUUUCUUCGGCGACAACUACGACUUCAACAAGACGAUCUUCAACCAAUUUCUCUCCAACUUCCACGGAGCCGCCAAGACUACCAUCCCGACUACUUCAAAGGCAAGAUACUCUCGAAUUCAAGACAGCCAGGCUCGCAACCCAACAUUCACCUACGGCGCUCUCCAGUUUCUCCUCAGCAGUGGAGAGACUGGUCUUUACGUUCAGACCAUGUCAAGCCCAGUUGAGAACAGCGCACGUUUGGACUACAUCAAGAUGAUGUUCGAGAAGGAGAGACUCCCCUUCAACAUUGGUUGGAGAGCCAGCAAGACUCAAAUCACUUUGAUGACCCUUGGCCAGUACAUCCUUGAGAUGUUUGCUGCGAACCCCGAUAAUGCUGCAGAGGGCCUUACCCUCACGGCUGGCACUCUCGGAAGCACACUYGCGACCCUUGCUGGAGGAUCCCACGUGCUGUCGAACAUUACAGAGGGCAUUACAGAUGCACUGGAUCUGCCUUUCCUGCAGUAG